AUUAUUUGAAUUUUUCCAGCAAAGCUGAACAUGAUAGGGCGUUCCCCUCACCUCAACCUCACACACCUCCACCUUCUACAAUAUAAAAAGGCUCGACUCUGAAGAGCGCCACACCCUGUAGACGGACUGCUGUUGGACGAUCAGAGCUAAAAAUGAGCAGAAACUUUUUAUCAAGACUGGAAGAACUCCACAGAGGAGACAGUCUCGUGUCCAACAACGGACAGUGGAAGGCAGUUUUCCAGGAGGAUGGGAACUUUGUCAUCUAUGGCUGGAAGCCUGUGUGGACCUCAGACACAGAAAAAACUGGUGCCACACAGCUGAUCAUGCAGGACGACUGCAACCUGGUUAUGUACACCCAGCAGGACAAACCGUGUUGGCAAACCAACACCCAUGACUCCAACUGCUCCAGAUGCCGCCUUCAGCUGACCGAUGACGGCAAAUUGAUCAUACAAAAGAAAGAUGCAACGGUCUGGAGCUCUGCCAAUUCCAAAGGCAUGAAGUGAGGGAAGAUCACUGAAUGACCAAAAGCUUUAAUCUGUUUUCUAUAAUCUAACAGUUUGCACGUACGUUUCAAAUCAGAAAUAAAAAACUGUUGGUCUA